GGGUCACCCCCGCUCCCUUCCUGUUAUUCCCUGUGAGGGGAAGCGGCUCUCCGAGGGGCUCAGCGAGCCCGGGGAAGCGCUGGGGCCGGCGGCUCGCUGUCCGCUGCUCUGAGGGCGCACCGGGCCCCGGAGACCCGAGGACGGGCUUUGGUGGCUUGAAGGGGCGGCGGGGGUGCGGGUCCCGCUGGGCGCUGCCCGUCGGGGAGGCGGAGGCUCCGGGCGGGGGAGCUUCAGGGCUGGGGGCGGGGGGCCGAGUUGUUUGUCCCCCCCCCUCGGCUCCCGGUCGUGGCCGCCGCCUCCCCCGGUGCGGGGCUGCCUCCCCCGCCCCCCUCCGAGUUGGCCCCGCCUCGGCGCUGGAACCGAACGCACCGGGGAGCGAGAGCUGAGGAUCUUCUUUGCCAACUGCUGAAAGAGGGAAUCAAGUUCAGACUGAAUUCACUUUUGCUCCUGGUGUGCAAUCAAUAGACUGUGCACAACAUCAAGAAGCAUCUAGCAGUGUUGAGAGAAGAUGGAAGCAAUGAAGGUUUGGCAUGAUAGUCUGAGGGUAACUGUGAUCAUGGGUGGAAAGGCCUGUCAUGUCUAUGAUGAAUUUAAUCUAAUGUUGGCAUGUCAAAACACUGAAGUUUCUGAUGCUUUUUGAAAGCAAUUCACCUUCACCUUGCUACAAGAAUGAGGCCAGCUACUCCAAAGAUGAAAAUGAACUAAAGACUGAGGACAUGAAGCUUCAGGCACAAGGAGAGCAACAAUAAGUAGUGGAUAAAUGUUGGUUAUCAAACAGAUGAUUGGAGAUGAGGAGCCUUCUUUGUAAGGUCUCUCCUGUAGGAAUCUGUGCUUAAACCUGUUUCUGUUGUAAGUUUACCAAAAGAUUAAGAAAAUGCCUCCAAGACCAUCAUCUGGUGAACUAUGGGGCAUCCAUUUGAUGCCACCAAGGAUCCUUGUAGAGUGUCUUCUACCUAAUGGAAUGAUAGUGACUCUAGAAUGCCUCCGUGAGGCCACACUAUUGACUAUCAAGCAUGAACUCUUCAAAGAAGCAAGAAAAUACCCUCUUUAUCAGCUCCUUCAAGAUGAAUCUUCUUACAUUUUCGUAAGUGUUACACAAGAAGCAGAAAGAGAAGAAUUUUUUGAUGAAACACGGAGACUUUGCGACCUGCGGCUCUUUCAGCCUUUUUUAAAAGUCAUUGAACCAGUAGGCAACAGAGAAGAAAAGAUUCUUAAUCGGGAAAUUGGUUUUGCUAUUGGCAUGCCUGUCUGUGAAUUUGAUAUGGUUAAGGAUCCAGAAGUACAGGACUUCAGAAGAAAUAUUCUUAAUGUUUGUAAAGAAGCAGUGGAUCUUCGAGAUGUGAAUGCACCCCAUAGUAGAGCAUUAUAUGUCUGUCCACCAAAUGUUGAAUCUUCACCUGAACUGCCCAAGCACAUAUACAGUAAACUAGAUAAAGGGCAAAUAAUAGUGGUGAUAUGGGUAAUAGUGUCCCCGAACAAUGACAAGCAGAAAUAUACCUUAAAAAUCAACCAUGACUGUGUUCCUGAGCAAGUUAUUGCUGAAGCAAUCAGGAAAAAAACACGAAGUAUGUUGCUGUCAUCUGAACAACUAAAACUCUGCGUUUUAGAGUACCAGGGCAAGUAUAUUUUAAAAGUGUGCGGCUGUGAUGAAUACUUGCUCGAAAAAUAUCCUCUGAGCCAGUAUAAGUACAUAAGAAGUUGUAUAAUGCUUGGCCGAAUGCCCAACCUGAUGCUGAUGGCUAAGGAAAGCCUUUAUACCCAGCUGCCACUGGAUACCUUUACAAUGCCAUCUUAUUCCAGACGGAUCUCUACAGCUACACCAUACAUGAAUGGCGAAGCUUCAGCCAAAUCUCUCUGGGCCAUAAACAGUGCUCUCAGGAUAAGAAUUCUUUGUGCCACCUAUGUAAAUGUAAACAUUCGAGACAUUGACAAGAUCUAUGUCCGAACUGGUAUCUACCAUGGAGGAGAACCAUUAUGUGACAAUGUGAAUACUCAAAGGGUACCUUGUUCCAAUCCCAGAUGGAAUGAAUGGCUGUCGUAUGACAUGUACAUUCCUGAUCUCCCACGUGCUGCUCGGCUUUGCCUUUCCAUCUGCUCUGUUAAGGGUAGAAAGGGUGCUAAGGAGGAACACUGCCCAUUGGCUUGGGGAAAUAUAAACAUGUUUGAUUAUACAGACACUCUUGUAUCUGGGAAAAUGGCUUUGAAUCUGUGGCCUGUGCCGCAUGGUCUGGAAGAUCUGCUAAAUCCUAUUGGCGUUACUGGGUCAAAUCCGAAUAAGGAAACUCCAUGUUUAGAGCUGGAAUUUGAUUGGUUUAGCAGCCCUGUAAAGUUUCCAGACAUGACAGUGACUGAAGAACAUGCCAAUUGGACUAUAUCUCGAGAACUAGGGUUUAACUACAGCCAUGCGGGGCUGAGUAACAGGCUAGCUAGAGAUAAUGAAUUAAGAGAAAGUGACAAAGAGCAACUCCGUGCAAUUUGUACACGAGACCCUCUGUCUGAAAUUACUGAGCAAGAGAAGGACUUCCUUUGGAGCCACAGACAUUAUUGUGUAAAUACCCCAGAAAUUCUACCCAAACUACUUUUGUCUGUUAAAUGGAACUCUAGAGAUGAAGUAGCCCAGAUGUACUGCUUGGUAAAAGACUGGCCUCCAAUCAAGCCAGAACAGGCAAUGGAGCUUUUGGACUGUAAUUAUCCUGACCCAAUGGUGCGGGCAUUUGCAGUUCGGUGUCUGGAGAAGUAUUUGACAGAUGACAAACUGUCUCAGUACUUAAUCCAGCUAGUACAGGUUCUGAAAUAUGAGCAAUAUUUGGAUAAUCUGCUGGUGAGAUUUUUACUCAAGAAGGCACUGACCAAUCAAAGGAUAGGACACUUUUUCUUUUGGCACUUAAAGUCUGAAAUGCACAAUAAGAAUGUAAGCCAGAGAUUUGGUUUACUUUUGGAGUCCUACUGUCGAGCAUGUGGGAUGUACCUAAAACAUUUGAGCAGGCAGGUGGAGGCUAUGGAGAAACUGAUAAACCUCACAGAUAUUCUCAAGCAGGAGAAGAAGGAUGAGACACAAAAGGUACAGAUGAAGUUUCUUGUUGAACAAAUGAGGCGGCCAGAUUUCAUGGAUGCUUUACAAGGCUUUAUUUCGCCUCUUAACCCUGCUCAUCAGCUGGGAAAUCUCAGGCUUGAGGAGUGCAGGAUUAUGUCCUCUGCAAAAAGGCCACUGUGGUUGAACUGGGAAAACCCAGAUAUUAUGUCUGAACUGUUGUUUCAAAACAAUGAAAUCAUCUUUAAAAAUGGAGAUGAUUUACGUCAGGACAUGCUGACACUUCAGAUCAUUCGAAUUAUGGAAAACAUCUGGCAAAAUCAGGGUCUUGAUCUUCGGAUGUUGCCUUAUGGCUGUUUGUCUAUUGGUGAUUGUGUGGGACUUAUUGAGGUGGUGAGAAGCUCUCACACAAUUAUGCAGAUUCAGUGUAAAGGUGGUCUAAAGGGCGCAUUGCAGUUCAAUAGCCACACAUUACAUCAGUGGCUCAAGGACAAAAACAAAGGAGAAAUGUAUGAUGCAGCUAUUGAUUUGUUUACACGGUCUUGCGCUGGCUAUUGUGUUGCUACCUUCAUAUUGGGAAUUGGUGAUCGUCACAAUAGUAACAUCAUGGUGAAAGAUGACGGACAACUGUUUCACAUUGAUUUUGGACACUUCCUUGAUCACAAAAAGAAAAAAUUUGGUUACAAACGAGAGCGUGUGCCAUUUGUCUUAACGCAAGAUUUCUUAAUAGUGAUUAGUAAAGGAGCCCAAGAAUGUACCAAAACAAGGGAAUUUGAAAGGUUUCAGGAGAUGUGUUAUAAGGCUUACUUAGCAAUUCGGCAGCAUGCCAAUCUCUUCAUAAAUCUCUUCUCCAUGAUGCUUGGCUCAGGAAUGCCAGAAUUACAGUCUUUUGAUGAUAUUGCGUACAUUCGAAAGACGCUUGCACUGGACAAAAGUGAACAAGAAGCUCUAGAAUAUUUCAUGAAGCAAAUGAAUGAUGCUCAUCAUGGUGGCUGGACAACGAAAAUGGACUGGAUCUUCCACACAAUAAAGCAACAUGCCUUGAACUGAAAUGAAAGUGAAGAAUUUAAAAAACUCAUCGCCCACUUAUGGGUGCUACACUGCACUGUUAAUACUUGUCAGCAGCAAAGACUGGUUGCAUAGGAAUUGCACAAACCACAGACGAUGGCAUUAGAAUUUACAGCAAGAGCAGAGAUGAAAUAUUCAGACAUUUUUCAAAAAUAAUGUAAAAAAAACGGGGUUUCAGAUAGCACUAAACUGUACACUUCAAAAUUAAGCUUUCGUGUGAUGUGCAAUUUCAUAUUAUGCCUUAAGCCCAAAAAGGUAAACUUGAAAGAUGGGCAGGGGGUUUUUUGUUUGCUUUUAAUUUGGAUAAUUUGGGAAAAGGAAAACAUGCUAUCAUCAAAAAUAGUCCAUUACAUAUUACAGUAGGUCUAGUAUCACUUUAAAGAUUAUGUAGGGUUUCAAAGAGUUGAAAACGAAGAAAACUUAGUGUUUUCAUGGCUAUUUAAAUAGUAGGUAUAGUGUUGAAAACUCCUUCAAUUUCAGCUCAAAGAUCUAAAAGAUUAAAGUGAGGGGACAGUUCCUUUAAAUUUAGUCAUAGGCAUAAUAUAUUUUGGUUUUAAUUGAACCUUUGACUUCUGGGUCUGUCAUCAUCUGCACCAUUUUGAAAGAAGUAGGAAAUAAGCCUACUAUAUGGUAUUCUCCUGGACAGUAUUUGUAGGGAUGCGAUUUAUAGCUUCAUGAAGAAACUCUGGUCCCCACCAUCCCAAAUGACUGGCUUAGAAAUUGAAUGGGCAGGAUAGGGUUUAGUGCAACAAAACAUUGUAGUGUUCGCUUUGGGAUUUGAUUUAAUCUAAUCUGAACACAAUAGAUUUUUUCACACAUGUUUUCCAGAGCCUAGCAAAAGGUUAGUUAUUAAAAUUAUUGAAAGAUUAUUUUUAUAAAGGCUAUUUAUAUAAUAGGAACUAUUAAUAUAUUUUCUUUAUUUACAUGAUUUGUCCCAUAUUCACUCAUUUAAUUUUGCAACCCAGUUCUCUCUGUCCAAGACUCUCAUUGUCCAUCAUGUCACUGAUGGUGUUCAGUUGUAAUCAUAGGACCAAAUCAACCCUGGUGAAAGAGUAUACAAGUACCACUGAAAUCAGUGGGAGAUAUACCCACUUGUGCCACAGGUGAACUUGGCCCAAGUUUCUUCAAAGAAUCUCAGGCAAUAUUCUUAACAUUACUUUGGGCUGGUCUACAAUACCAUAGUAAAUUGACAUAUGUUACGCUACUUUAGUUAUGUGAAUAACAUAACUGAAGUUGACAUAGCUUAGGUCGACUUACCACGGUGUCUACACCAUGCUAUGUUGAUGGGAGAUGCCCUCCCGCCGACUUACUUUGCUCUUCUCAGGGAGCUGGAAUACAGGAGUUGAUGGGAGAGCGCUCUGCCAUCGACUUCAUGGGUCUUCACCAGACCCACUAAAUCAGCACCGCUGUAUCAAUCGCAGCAUUGCCAAUCUACUGGUAAGUGUCAACAGGGCCUAAGUGAUAUGCUGGCUGUUCAAGGAAUGUAUGGUUAAACUCUCAGCCUCUGGGUCCACCUUUUCUCUCUCUUUCUGUUCUUUCCUGCUCCUUUGAAAGCAGCUGCUUAAUCCCUAUAACCAACACAUGAGAAAUAAGUUUGGAUUUUCAAAAUGAUCACCAGCUACUUAUAGCAAACACUUUGGAAAGCUCACAGCAUAUAGAGCUGCCAAACAAACAUUUUAUAGCAUGCAUGCUCUUGCACAUGCACUCUGGCUUUCUUGUAUGCUCUGUGUGAGAAUGUAAGUGAGAGAAAAAUCUAAUUGUUGGGCACCAGUUUUUGCAAGUAUCAAGACUACCAGAGGUUCUUAGAUUGUCCUUAUGCACCGCUGCAGGCAGAACUUGCUACUCUGAAACACUUUUUUAUAAACUCUUAAAUAUUUUUGACAAUAACUUGCUAAACCCAGGAUUCUGAGGAUGAUAUUUACUCCAGUGUUUUAAACUUGUUAGAUUUACAGCAUCUAAAGUGAAUUCCAAAAGUCCAGGAGUUUGAGGCGGAUGGGUUUAUUCACAUGCAUGCACACAGACAGACACGUAUGUGUCGGUGCCACUCAAAAAAAGUGCAAUACCAGAUGUAAUAUAAAUGUGCUGACAGUUGGUAUUAGAAUAUAACUUUAUAAAUAAACUGUACUUUGUACAGGCUGUAUUUAUGAAGUAUUGAGUGGUUGGAUUCAUUUAGCAAAUUGUAAUACUUUAAAAAUGUGCAAUCAUUAUAUUAUAGAAGACAUGGAUAGCAGUGAAUUGGGGAUUAUAAAGCCAAGGCUUUUAUUUGGUCUUUUAAGACAAUUUUGUAGUCAUUUGAUUCCUACAGUUAGUUAUUGAACACACAGGUACUAAAUCAUGUGGUAAAACACUUCAUGAAAAAUACAAAGAAAUACUAAGAUUUGAGUGGGGAAAUAUGGCUAGUCUUAUCUCUACUGAACAUUUUAGAGCAAUCCAGCAGAAUUCAUAUGUCCCUUUGCUCAGAUGUGAAUGUUUUCACUCAGUUGUAGUUACUAAACAUAACUACCCUUAUUGUAUUUAUUAUUAGUCUACAGUCAACCCCCUCUAAUGUUCUAGAGUUUUUAAAAUUGGGAAUUAGUUACAGAAAGAAAUUCAGUUAAAUGAUACAAAUCUGAAACCCUGAGCGCUGUAAUUCAUGGUCUAACAGAGAUGUGUGUUACUCAAGUGCCACAUUAAGUGCUACAUUAAUUAUCCUUAUGAUUCCUCUUAUAUUGAGACAACAUAUUUCCCUGUAGAGAGAUGCCUUUUAGGACCCGAAUUCAAAGGUCCUCAAACUUAUUGGAUCUUAUGGGCUUGAUUCUCCAUAUUUUGCACCUUGUGUUAAAUGCUGCCAUAUUAGAAUGGUAGUGUUUGUACCCACUGUGCACCUGUUGCAGGGCUGUGAAGAAUCAGGCCCAAUAUCUUCAAGAGUUACUGCAACCAACCACUGCACAAGCUAUAAAAGAGUUCUUAUGUGCAUGCUAGAAGAAAGCAAAUUGAGUAGCCAACCCAGGUAUAAUAGGGCUUGGGGUAACUUUAGAAUUAAACAAAGAAAAUGGAAGCAUGGGAAGAUAAUGGAUGGAGGUGUGGGGCUUGAAACAGUUGUUCAUAGUAACAAGAGAGUAUAUUUAAAGAAAAAAAGUUGACCCUAAAUAUACUAAGUGGUAUUCUCCAGUUUUAUACAGAUAUGAGUCCAUUGACUUUAAUGGGGUUACUCCUAACUUAGACUGGUGUGUGUGAGAGAAUUAAACCCACUAUCUCAGCUACAGAAAAAGGAUCAUGAAUGCAUUGGUGACUGAGCUGUAGAUUUUGUUAGAGACUGUUUGGAAUUUGAUUUUUUUAAAUAGUUUUUUUUACAGUUGACAUUUAACCUGAAUAGAGGUCUGACAAUGUUCCCUUUGUUCUGAAUACCAGCUGUGCAAACACUAAAGUAGUUGAUUUUGUGCUUGGACUGAAUCUAAGCAUCUUGCUCCAGCAAAACUCCCAUAGAAGCCAAUAGUAGUAGGAGUCUGAUCAGAGCCAGGAGCCCAGGAUUUGUCCUUACACUUUAUUACAGAGCCAUUAGAAAAAAGUGACUUAGGGAAUAUGUAUUAAAUUGUAAAACAAUGUAACUAAUUUCUUUUCCAACUGUGAAACUAUACAUUUGUUUUAAUGACAAAACAGGCUGCUGCUUUUUUUUUCUUGAAAUAUAUUUGUUUUCCAAAAAGUUACAGAAGAAACUCCUGUACUGACUUACAUAUGCAUACUUUUCUGUUCUUAAGGAGUGCAUCAGUAGUUUCUUCAUGGGUAAAAUACCAUCUAUCGGUAUAAUUUAAUUUCAUAAAAAGCAUUUAAACAAAACCUAAACUGUAAGUGGUUUGGCAUCUUGUGGAAAAAAAAUAAAAAGUCUAGAUAUUAAGGGCACUGUCAGAAUUAUGCAGCAUGUAAAGAACUUUGUAUAUGAUGACCUCUGGUUAUUUUAUUUUAUUUUUUUUAAUGUAAAGCCAUCUAAGCCCCAUAGUGGUCAGUAGCCCGUGUUUGUUAAUUUUGGGGACAUUUUAUUUGCUUUGUCAUUUUAUAACUGACAUGCUCAAUAUUUGCGCUGAACAAUAAUUGUGAUUUCCUCCUGUUUUUCAUGUCUGUACAGGUUACAGACCUGGGCUGGACCAGUUUAAAACAAAAAAGCCACUUGAAAUUAUGAUGUAUUUUGAGGUCAGACAUCUUUAGAAUGCUUCAAUUUAAAGAAAAUUCUAUGGUAUUGGAGAGGAUUGUGAUAUGCUGCUUCUAAGGUUUUUUGUUUAAAAAUACAACUUCCAUAUUUCAUUUUUUUUAAGGGUUUACUUGAAUGAAGAACCACACUUUUUAUACAAAUACUAUACAGCUGUGGACACUGUGUGGCAGAUGAUUGAAGCCCAAUUACUGUUGCAAUAUAUUUCAUACCAAUAGUGAAUUUGUAUUUAUUUUUUCUUUGGUCAAAGUUGUCUCCAUUUAUAUAAGGCUCUAUCUGUCCAAAAUGUGUUGCACUCUGCAGAUGUCAUGUUUUUAGGUCUCCACUGAUCAGACAAACUAAUUAGAAAUUGAGCCUAGGUGUAGAAACCUUUUGUUUGUGUGCAAGAGUCAGACCUAGUAGAGACUUUGGGCUUCCAGUAAUUCUGAUGUCACUUUACACUGGUAUAACUCUGAUUUCAGUGGAGUUACUCUUAAUUCACAGCAGCAUAUGAGCUAUCAGAAUUAGGCCCUUCAUUGGAAAAAGGUUCUCCAGUCUUUGUUUGCCUGUCCAUGUGACACAUGAAAAUUAAUUUAUUCUCUUGCUAAGGCCUGGUCUACACUAGAAAAUUGAGUCAUCUUAACCAUUUCAUUCAGGGAUGUGAAAAAUCCACACCCCUGAGCAGCAUAGUUAAGCCAACUUAACCUCAGCAUAGACAGCACUAGGUCGAGGGAAGAAUUCUUUUGUUGACGUAGGCACCACCUCUCAGGGAGAUGGAGUACAUACACUGACAGGAGAAUCCCUGCUGUCAGCAUAGGUAAUGUCUACACUGAAGCUCUAUAGUGGCCCAACUGUGCCUCUAUAGCAUACCAAGUGUAGACAAGCCCUGUGAAAGUUCCUGAUUGCAAGCUGGUGACACUAAUUGGCUGGUAAAACACCUAUAAUUCUAAAUACUUGUUUUCUAUUAACCAGCUUCAUUCAGUUCUCAAUUUCAGGAGUGCUAUGGUCUUGCUUAUCUUUUUUUGCUUCUGUUUUUAAGGCUUCAAGGAUCUCUGCAGCUCACUAGUUUAAAGAAAGCUCUGUCCUCUUAAGAAGAGUUUCUCUCCCUACUCUAUGAUGACAGUUGGGUGCUUUAAGAAAUCUGAUCUCGGAAAAGAUGGCUGUGCUCUUGACAUAGCAUUGGGAGUAGAACAUUCAUCUGAAUUCUGAGUAUCCUGGGGCACAGAAUUCUAAAGGCAUGAGAUAUGUCAGUUAGCCCUUGUGGCCAAAAAUAAGAGUAUAUACAAAACAAAGAACUUUUUUUAAAAAACAAAACAAAACCUAGUUUACAAAUUUAAACCAUUUGUUCAGGAAUUAGGCAAAAUCUUGAUAGAAGAGGUUCCUCCAGGGGAACGUUACUUGGGAUUGUUCAUUUUGUUUUCAUAACACAAACACUUGUGCCAGUGCUCACAAAACUUGAUGCUGAAACAUGCUUCAAAACACAUCUUACAUUUUAAGUGCCCUUAUUUUCACCCUAAUGUGUUCGUUAGAGGUAAUAAGUUAAAAAAAAAAAUCACAUGUCAUACGGAUCCUAUUAAAUAAUCUGGCCAAAAUCCCCAUCUGAUGUAAAUUAUGGUAGCACCAUAUUUCAGUGGAGCUAUGCUGAUUUACAGUAUCUGAGAAUCUUGCCCACUAUCUGAAAUUAUCCAAUCCAUGGUCAUACCCAGUAGCCCUGUUUUAUUGAAUAGCUCAGGCUGUGGAGAGACAAGUUGGGCAAGACUUGAUCUUUAAUAAUCAUCAUAUGCCUGUACUGCUCUCCUAGCUCAUGAGGGCCCAAACCUGAUUCUUCAUAGCUGCAAAUACAUGCAAUCCAUCUCUAGGCUUGCUUUUAAUUUUCUUGGAUUCCUCAAGAUUAUCAACUGGCCAAAACUGUCUUAAUGUUGUAUUUUUAGUGGAAAAGGUCUAAUCUUUUUCUGCCUUAAGGCCACCAUGGUCUCAAAACUGCUUUAAUUUCUUGUAAAGUUUCCCCUUCCUACUAGUGAUAACUCAAUAUCCAGAGCACGACUGUCAAAGUCCACUGACUUAAGAGGUCGAUAUUUCCUAUGUGCUCAUCAACAGGGGGAGGAAUUCUGUGCCUCCAUAUUUGGUAAAGAAUGGAACACUUGACCACAAACUGACUUCCAAGACUCUUGUGCUUGGAAUUUUGAAAGUAGAUUUCAUGUUGUCCUCAUAACUGGUACUCACAGCUGCAAGAAUUUUGGAUGAAUAGAGCCCAAGAGAGUGUAUUCUGCUCUUGGUGCCCACAUGUUAUUCCCUUAAAACUAAUGGAAAUUGUGCCUGCAUCAAGAGGAGAACAUGGAUACCCCCAAGUAUUUACUUGAAAUCUCUUAAAAUGGAGACAAUUCUUAUCCUUUGACAUAACUAUUAGCUAGAGAAAAAAUAUUGCCCUGUAAUUAGUUUGUCAUUCUAUGGAUAAAGGUUCUGUGGUAUAAUACAUUGUUCAACUUGGGGGGGAAAGGGGGGGGUUUAGUAUUGGGCCAAAAGAGUAUUUAAGACACAGCAAGAUGCAUGUGUUGUUGUAUUGAGAAUAUAGUCUUGCAGUAUCAUUUUAAAAUGUUCAUUUUUUUCCUUUUUUGCUGUGCUACUCAAAUAGCAAAUAUUUGGCCUAUGCACUUAUUGUAGUUUAUGUUCAUCGGAAACUGUAAAAAGUCUGCUUUUUAUUUAACUUUGCAGUCUGUAUCUCAUCAUGAUGUGUAUUUGUGUUUCAUCACAUUUUUGAGUGUUAAUGUAUAUACUAAAAAGUAAAUUUAAAAUAAUA